UAAACAGGGUGACGAGGGAAAUUUUUUGUACAUUACUCUCUGAAGAAUCUGCGGGGGAAGUUGAGAGUUCAAGCUCGUCCCUACAAGUUUGUGAGGGGAAGAAGGGAAUAAACAGGGUGACGAGGGAAAUUUUGAACGACAUCAGGGAAAGUUUUCGACGAAUUCGGACGUUUGAUGUCAGUAGCGGUCGCGCAACUUUGGCGGAAAGUUGGCGAGCGAUUUGUCGCGCGCGAUAUAUCUCGCGCUUUCUAGUCGCCGAAAAGACGCGCGCGUUUUUUACAGCAGCAAAAAAAGUGAAAAAUGAUCAACCAAUGGCGAGCGUUGCCGCCGUUUAAUUGCAGAUGCGGGAGCAAACGCUUAUUGUUGGCGGCGAGGAAGAAUGAAUGUUCCACUUUAAUGAGAAGUGCAAGGUGAAUAAAAAGGGAGUGCGGAAUCGGAAUCACACAAGUGCAGGCUGCAUGAAGGGAGUGCGGAAUCUGCAUUACAAAGGGAACACGGUAACAAAGAUUCGUAUGAAAACACUGAGGGUCGUCGGUUCCGAGAUCCCAGCUUAUAUUUGGGAAACUGCCACCUCAGCAAAACGCUUUCAGAAAUAAAUUCUCAUCGUUUGUGCUGUUGUCUGCAAUAGAUGGAGCAUGAAAUGGAGGAGAUAUGAAUUUAGUGUGAGGGAUUUUGAACAGAGAUAAAUAGAGUAUAUUGGUAUCUUCUGGAAUCUCCAUGAGUUAUGAAAUCCUAUAGAGCUUGAAAUAGAGAAAUCUAGAGGUCAGAAAACUUAUUCUCUUAAACUCUGGAUAUUGAGAAUACUGAUGGAAUAGGAGUUAUCAAGAACCGAAAAAUAUAUAUAGAGAAUAAUAAUGGAAGAAUGAGCAGAUACAGGGAGAAACUUCAUAUGUAACCCUCAAUAAAUUGAUAAUAUUGAACCGUUUAGAUUGUGGUGGGAAAAGUUCAUGAUAAAGCGUGAAAGGAGCCAUUUUCGGAGAUUGAACAUGAAGCGAAUUUAUAGAGCAAUUAUGAUAAAAACGUUUAGAGAGAGAUAAAUAGAGCAUUGAAUAGAGUAUAUUGGUAUCUUCUGGAAUCUGCACGAGUUAUGAAAUCCGAUAGAGCUUAAAAUAGAGAACAUUUGAGGUCAGAAUCAGCAAUCAGCUAUCAGCAAUAUUGAUUGGGAUGAGAUAAAAUAUAAGUGGAAGUGAACAUUGUACUCAUCAAUAUAAAUUGAAUAGGAUUUUUGAGGAUGGAUGUUGAAGUCCUAAAAAUCUUACAUAGUACAGAGUGUUCUUUCAAAAAAUAAACUCUUUUUUGAUAUAACAUAUCUGUAGCUUUCAGAGAAGAUAUAAACUCAGUGUAAUCAAGUUUAGAAAUUUCGAAUUUCAACAAAUUCCCUUAUUAUGGUGACGUGAUUUUGAACUGUGAUUUGUGUAGGUAGUUAUCAAAUUGUUAUUUCUCCUAUGAUAACUAAAGUUACCAAGAAGAUUCUCUAGGAGUGAAUAUCAUUCAACUAAAAUUAUUGUGAUCAACGUAGCCCGUUAGAUAAGGUUUCUAGGUGAGAAGAGGUAUUACAAAAAAAAAAACGACCUAUACUAGAAAAUCUCCUCACAUUCUUAGAUUGCAAAUAUGUUUGGAAAAUGCAUUAUAAUCACAGAUUUCUGCCUGAAAUUCAUGUAAGUCAGCUCGCAUGACAGGUAUUUUCCGUUUCAACCCAACUCUCAAUCGUACAGUUUCAAGAAUAAGACGAAUAUGAACGUAUCUUAGAAUAACUUGAUAAAUGAACUGAAUAUAAAUUGAUUAUUCUGAUAUUAUUUGUGACUUCAGAUUUGAAGUUUUAGAGCCGUGUCACCGGUUUCUAACCAAAUUAGGAGGAGAUACAAAUUGAAAUUAUCAGUGAGAAACAUUGAAGUCGACGAAACUUAUAAAGAAGUUCAUUUAUCAUUUCAAUUGAUCACUCUUGCAUAUCAUUGGUGUUUUAUGUUGGUCGCGGUCUUUGAAAUUUUUAGGUAUUAAAAGUGAUAAACGUUUUGGAGAGGAAAGAAAUAACUAUUUUAUUAUCCAAAAAUUGACUUCCAAGUUAGUUCCCAACAAUGUCUUGCCACUUAUCAGGUGGGGAAAGUUGUGAAAUGCUUGUUGAAAGACCUGUUCCGGUAUAUUAACAUUCCAUUAGAUUUUUGAAUCAAUAGUGUUGUUCUACACUGUUGAUACAAAUUGCAGCUUGCAGCUUGGAACUCAAAACUUGAAAUUGACGGCUUGCAACUUCCGACUUGCAACGCGAACUUGCCACUGGACGCUUGCAACCAAUAGCUUGCCUGGUAACUGACGAAUUGCUACUUGCAACUCCCAACUUGUAACCGAUAGCUUGCAGCUGACAGCUUGCAACUCACUACUUGCAAUACACAGCUUGCAACUUGCAAUUGACAACUUGCAGCUCACAGCUUGCAACUUACUACUUAUCUCCUCGUGUAACCAACAUGUCGGCGAUCGACACAAACCCCAAAAGUCCCCAGUGAAACCUUUUUGAAACUUGUGCCUCAACAUGGCGUGCAAUCUGUCGUGCAACAUGACGUGCAACAUUUCGUGCAACUUGUCGCUUGUCAACACGAGCUACGAGUUGAACGACACAGACUACGGUGACUCGGGCAACAUGUUCAUCCUGCCUCUAUGGAAACAAAUGCUGUGGACCUUCCUGUAUGCAACCAUGGUUUUCGUGGCAACUGGUGGGAAUCUUAUAGUGAUUUGGAUUGUGUUAGCACAUAAGCGCAUGCGCACAGUGACUAACUAUUUCCUGGUGAAUUUGUCGAUUGCUGACGCAAUGGUGUCGACCUUGAACGUGACCUUCAACUAUAUCUACAUGCUGAACUCUGAUUGGCCGUUCGGGACUCUCUACUGCAAGAUCACGCAGUUUGUGGCUGUGCUGUCGAUUUGCGCCAGUGUCUUCACCCUCAUGGCGAUUUCCAUCGAUAGAUACAUGGCGAUCAUGCACCCACUUCGCCCACGCAUGGGUCGCCGGACCACUCUGUGCAUAGCUGGCGCUAUCUGGGUGGUGGGCACCAUACUAUCUCUGCCCAUGCUCAUAUUCUUCACCACUGUUGUCCAGGACUUCCCCAACGGAGACAGUCGCGUCGUCUGCUACUCAGAGUGGCCUGAUGGGGCCACCAACGAGAGCUAUCAGGAGUAUCUAUACAACUUGGCGUUUAUGGUGCUGACCUACUUUCUGCCAAUAUCGUCAAUGAGCUUCACCUACAUUAGGGUUGGCAUUGAGCUGUGGGGCAGUCAGAGUAUAGGAGAGUGUACCCAAAGACAACUAGAGAACAUCAAGUCGAAAAGAAGGGUGGUGAAGAUGAUGAUAGUAGUGGUAAGCAUUUUCGCAGUGUGUUGGCUGCCUUUCCACGCUUACUUCAUCUUUACAUCCAUUAUGCCCGAGAUCACGAACCACCCCUCCAUACAGGACAUCUAUCUGGCCAUCUACUGGCUCGCCAUGUCCAACUCUAUGUACAACCCCAUCAUAUACUGCUGGAUGAAUCACAGAUUCCGUCGAGGCUUCAAGCAGUUCUUCUCGUGUUGCCCGUUCGUGCAUUUGACGCCCGAUAAAUUGCUGACUCGGCGCGAAGCGGUCACCAGUCGCUACAACAGCUGCUCAGGCUCGCCCGACGCACACUAUCGCAUCGUACGCAACGGCGUGACGAGCGACGACUUGGGCGGCGGAAACCGCUUCCGCACGCGGCGACGGUGGACCCGCAACGGGACGGCCGGGAGCGGAACGAGGGCGGAAACCACCGCAACCGCGGACGAUGGCGGAAACCGCAACCCGCUCUCCUGACAGCAGGUGACCUCGUCUGCCGCUACCGCUCCCGCGACUGUCCCGCACGAUCCGCGACGAGCGGUUCGCAUUCAGACCUGGAUCUAGACACUGCGCAUGUGCACAAGUCUCGC